CAAGCUGCUUCAUUCGAUUGAGUGAGAUGCUGAACAUGAUGACUCUGAGCUUUGUGCCAUUGCUCUUAGCAAUGGUGGCAUUGACACUGGAGAGCAGCAAAGUGGAGUAUGAUUACUUCCAAUACCAUCCAAUGGAGGAGAUCAGCAGCUGGAUGUCUCAGAUGGCGAAGCAAUACCCCGAUGUUGUGACCAUAGUGGAUUAUGGGAAGAGCUAUGAGAACAGGACGAUUAGCUUGAUGAGGAUCGGCCUGAAGACUGACGCCAAAAAGAAAGCCAUCUGGAUGGACUGUGGUAUUCAUGCCAGAGAAUGGAUCGCUCCGGCGUUUUGUCAGUACUUUGUCAGACAGAUUCUCCAAACGUACAAAACAGACGCUAAAAUGGAAGCCAUGAUGACAAACAUGGACUUCUACAUCACGCCGGUGCUCAACGUCGAUGGCUACAUCUUCUCCUGGAAGAACUCCUCAAACCGACUGUGGAGGAAGAACAGGUCACCGGGACCUUCGGGCGAUUGCUACGGCACCGACCUCAACCGCAACUUUGAUGCCAACUGGGGCACCAUUGGAGUGUCAUCCGACUGCAACUCCAACAUCUACCCCGGCAGAGGGCCCAUCUCAGAACCCGAGGCCCAGGCCGUAACUUACUUUGUGGGAAGCAGAAAGGAAGACUUCCUGUGUUUCCUCACCAUCCACUCCUACGGCCAGCUGCUCCUGAUUCCCUACGGACACCCCGACUUCACCGCCUCCAAUUACGAUGAGCUGAUGAAGGUGGGAGAGGAAGCAGCUGAAGCCAUUUGGAAAGUCCAUGGGAAAAAGUACAGAGUCGGAACCUCUCCAGCUGUGUUAUACCCCAACUCUGGUUCAUCCAGAGACUGGGCCCGAAUGCAGGACAUCCCCCUGACUUUCACCUUCGAGCUGAGAGAUAACGGCACCUACGGCUUCGAGCUCCCCCAGGAGGAGAUCCAGCCGACCUGCGAGGAGGCCUACAGCGGCGCCCUGCACAUCAUCACCUACGCCCACGACAAGACCUUUAACGGCGCCGCAGCCACUGCAGCGGCGCUCUGGACCACGCUGUUAGCGCUGGGGGUCAACCUGAUGUGAGCAGAAAAGCUGACCUCACACUGUAAAACAGCACAAGAUUUUAUGUUUAAGCAGAAUCUGAAAAUGAUUAAUUCAAAGUACUACAGCAAAACAAACAUUUUUAUUAAUAAAGAUUUUACAGUGUUCCCUCUUUAAUCUCUUACUUGU